AGCUGGAGGAGGAGAGGCGGCAGGGGGCAUGGGGGAAUUGCUGUAGGAGCUCCCCUCCUGCCAUGCAUAUUCAUUGGAAACCCCGUUCAGCAGCUGCAGUACGACAUAGUACGGCCACGUAAGCGAUGAUGUAGGAGAUCGUGAGGGACUGGGGGAGGAGGAGCACGUGAGAAGAGAGCUAGCGAGGGAGGGAGGGAGCGGAGACACAGGCAGAGUGUGAGCAUCUCAUCCUGGCAUUCAAGCUGUCAGUGGAGGAAGACGGAGAAAUUCAACAGCAAUAUCAACACUGCGCUCUUGAGAAGCAGCACAAGAGUUGCGAAUCCCAGACCACAAAGAGGCUACUGUAACCGCUACGCUGUUGACGUCCAACCCAGAGUUUAACCUUCACUAGCCAUGAACUUCCUGCGCCGUCGCCUCUCUGACAGCAGCUUCAUCGCCAACCUGCCCAACGGCUACAUGUCGGAUCUCCAGAGGCCCGACCCACCUCCACCGCCUCCCCCGACUGCUGCCACCAAAGCCCCCGCAGGACCGACUCCUGCCCCAUCGGCGCCUCCUGCGGCCAAGUCCCCCCCUGCUUCUCCGGCCCCCGAGCGACGACCGCAGCCCGCCCAAUCCACCGGCUCGGGAUUCUUCAGCUCCAUCACCAACGUGGUGAAGCAAACCGCCGCUUCUGCGGGACUCGUGGAGCAAAGUCCUGCGGCGGUGUCGCGGAAGUUCAAGAUCCUCCUGGUCAUCGACGAACCCCAACACGAGUGGGCAAAGAUUUUCCGUGGGAAGAAGGUCCACGGAGAUUAUGAUGUCAAAGUUGAGCAGGCUGAGUUCUCGGAGAUCAACCUUGUGGCUCAUGCUAAUGGCACAUGCAGUGUGGACAUGCAAGUGAUCAGAAAUGGAACAAAAGUGGUUCGGUCCUUCAAGCCUGACUUUGUGUUGGUGCAACAGCACGCUUAUAGCAUGGCACAGAAUGAAGACUUCCGCAAUAUAAUCAUCGGUUUGCAGUAUGCCGGGAUCCCCAGCGUCAACUCGCUGGAGUCCAUUUACAACCUCUGUGACAAGCCAUGGGCUUUUUCUCAACUGAUCAGCAUCUACAAGAAACUGGGAGCAGAUAAAUUCCCUCUUGUUGAUCAGACAUUCUACUCAAACUACAGGGACAUGAUCUCAAUGCCAACAUUCCCUGCGGUGGUGAAGAUCGGACACGCUCAUUCUGGAAUGGGGAAGGUGAAAGUCGACAAUCACAGUGACUUCCAAGACAUUGCAAGUGUUGUGGCCAUCACUCAAACCUACACGACCACAGAGCCUUUCAUUGAUGCUAAAUAUGACAUCAGGGUCCAGAAGAUCGGUUCUGACUACAAAGCUUACAUGAGAACAUCCAUAUCUGGCAACUGGAAAUCGAACACUGGCUCUGCCAUGCUGGAGCAAGUAGCCAUGACUGACAAAUAUAAGCUGUGGGUGGACGCCUGUGCAGAUGUCUUUGGAGGUCUAGAUAUCUGUGCUGUUAAAGCCAUACAUGGAAAGGAUGGAAAGGACUAUAUCACUGAGGUGGUGGGCUCAUCGAUGCAGCUGAUUGGAGAUCACCAGCUGGAGGACCGGCAGCUGAUCGCUGCCAUCGUCCUGGCCAAGAUGAACCAGGAACCGGGCCGCAUAGCAGCUCGAUCCCCACAAAGACCUCCAACCACUGUACAACCUGCACAAGUACGGUCGUCAAACCCCAAAAGCCUGACUGAGCCCAACAAGACCCUCGGCCAGCGGACCCCUCCACAAGGUUGUUUGCAGUACAUUCUCGACUGUAACGGAGUUGCAGUCGGACCAAAACGAGUCCAGGCAAAAUGAUUUCUACUGCCACAAUUCCAGAUACACGGUUCAGCCCACAAUAAAACAAAAGCUCAGUUCACUGGUGCUGGUUGAGGUUAGGAUAGUGACAGAUGCAGUGGUUUGGAGCUUGUGCUCUUCAGAAUCUGCCUUGACUGUGUCGUUCGCCCCUGUGAAG